AUGCUAGUCAGCUCCGAGCGAAGGUUUCUACCCUCAACGAAGAGCUCUCGAAGCUCGGGCUCGUCCAGCAUGGCUUCAUGUUCAAGCCUCGGCGCUGCCCAUGUCCCCGGGACGCUGCCCUCUCCUCAUAGCCUGGACGUUCACUGCUCGAGAUCUCUCCGUGCCCAGAAGCAUCCUCUGGCGACCUUCUUCGUUGAGGCGCACUGGCACGACUUCGUUCAUAAUGCUGGAGCGAUCCUCUACCGUCGUGUGAGGGCUCCUGCACCGUACCGGCUGCAGAUGGACGCCCCCCGGCAUCUGUGGUACACAUCCCUGGUUUGCGCGCUCUCGUCGACUCGUCUCAUGAGCACUUCAUUCCUCCCCCUGCGCAGCGAAAUGCACACAGUCCACAGCGAGAAGCUGCACAAACACACACAAAACACAAGCUCCUCCUCGGACUUUGUCGAGUCGCCCGAGGGGGAGUCUUCGCCGGAGGUCUCCGACUCCGAUGGGGGACACACGUCGAGUGGCCCCGACGAUCGGCGCGGAGCUGGCGAGGCGUCUCCGUCCCUCACUGUGACGUCGGGUGCCUCCGGAGAGCUCGACACCACUGGGGUGCUUGCUGCUGGUCCGAGCUCGCCUGCUUCCUCCCCGGCAUCGGUCGGGUCACGCCGGGCCUUGGGCAUUGCCGCGGCGUCGCCGCCGUCACGGGCGGUGUUGGUUUCGGCUACCGCUGACUCGGAGGCUAGCGAGGAGGACUACCUCGAGCGGUACCGUGUUCCUGUGUCCAGCCUCCCUCCGUCCGCUGCCCCAGGCGGACCCCCGGGCAGCGCCGGCUCCUUGUCGGCGGCUGCCCUUUCUCCGUCCGCGGCCGCCCGCUUUGUGGCGGCAGCGGACGUCUCGACUGACAGUGGUCAGUCGGCUGCCUCCGCCGCGCAUCCCGACCUCAGGCUCGAGUUUGCGAGGUUCAAGCGGGAGCUUCCGCAUAGUCGAGGAGGGGACGAGUUCACGCCCUCUGAGGGUCUACACCCCGCUGUUUACUAUACGGCUAUCGCUCGCUUCCUCGCUUGGUACUCUGACCAGCCCAUGUCCCGGACGCUGCCCUCUCCUCAUAGCCUGGACGUUCACUGCUCGAGAUCUCUCCGUGCCCAGAAGCAUCCUCUGGCGACCUUCUUCGUUGAGGCGCACGACUUCGUUCAUAAUGCUGGAGCGAUCCUCUACCGUCGUGUCAAGGCUCCUGCACCGGCUGCAGAUGGCGCGGCGAUCCCACCUGCCCCGGCUGCUGUGCCUGAUGACGCAGGACGCCUCGUCGACUCGUCUCAUGAGCACUUCAUUCCUCCCCCUGCGCAGCGAAAUGUGACUCCUCUUGUCAUGCGCGUCUUCCCUCGCCAUGUGCAUGCUCGCGCUGCGCUGACCGAUCAGCAGCGUGAUAUCCUCACCUUGCACAGCCGCAGGACACACUCGCUCAAGUCGCAGGAUAGGGUCUUGCAGUCUACCAUCUUCGCUCAUUUUCCUGAGCGAGACCUGAGCCACUCGGCGAUGCGAGUCUCGAGCUACUACCCCCUCAAGGCCUUCCCGCACCGCUAUGCUCAGAUGCUCGACUGCUAUCUCCAUCAUGGCAUGCCGAUCUGCCAGUGUCCGACGGAAUGUGAUGGAUGUCAGCGCGAGCUCGAUCCCUCCGUUGCUGCACAUCAUCUCCAGACCUGCAAACGCCGAUCCUCCAAGCUUCCCACGGCGCAUGACAACCUUACUCGUACGAUUCGGUCGAUGCUGAACGAAGCUGGUCUUCAGAGCGUCAUCGAUACAGUGGGGGAUCCUCGUUCUCGACGGCAGGUACCCUCCCAUCCUCAUGGCCGCAAGAUGAAGGGCGAUAUCCACAUCCCUGGAAUCCGCGAUCGAGGGUCCGAGCAGUACGAGGGCUUGAUGGCGGACGUGACGUUGGUCCACCCUUACAUUGGUAGCUCUGCCGACCUGACCAAGUGGGGGGAGGUCAACCUCGACGCCCUCCAUGUUGCAGCGUCUGAGAAGAUUCGCAAACAUCGCGCUGCAUAUGCCAUGACUACUCCUCCUCGAGCGUUCAUCCCUCUUGCCAUCUCGACGGACGGUACCCUGCAUCCUGACACCCUCCGCUUCAUCUGGUAUUUGGCGGACAUCAUUGCUCAGCGCUCAAUGCCUCUUGAGGAUGCGGCGUUUGGUCGGCACUUCGUGCCUGAUGACGGCCCUGCUGCUGAGGUCUUGGCUCGCAAACGCGCCGCCACCUAUCAGCGCCUCACCAUGCAGCUUACGCUGGAAGCGCUCUUGUCUGGUGCGAGGCGCAUGACGCCCUUGCGGGCGCAAGCACUGGCUUCUCGAGCCAGAGGACAGCUCCUCCUCGGACUUUGUCGAGUCGCCCGAGGAGUCUUCGCCGGAGGUCUCCGACUCCGAUGGGGGAAACCCUUCGAGUGGCCCCGACGAUCGGCGCGGAGCUGGCGAGGCGUACGGUCUCCGUCCCUCACUGUGACGUCGGGUGCCUCCGGAGAGCUCGACACCACUGGGGUGCUUCAAUGUGCUGCUGGUCCGAGCUCGCCUGCUUCCUCCCCGGCAUCGGUCGGGUCACGCCGGGCCUUGGGCAUUGCCGCGGCGUCGCCGCCGUCACGGGCGGCUACCACUGACUCGGCUACCGCUGACUCGGAGGCUAGCGAGGAGGACUACCUCGAGCGGUACCGUGUUCCUGUGUCCAGCCUCCCUCCGUCCGCUGCCCCAGGCGGACCCCCGGGCAGCGCCGGCUCCUUGUCGGCGGCUGCCCUUUCUCCGUCCGCGGCCGCCCGCUUUGUGGCGGCAGCGGACGUCUCGACUGACAGUGGUCAGUCGGCUGCCUCCGGGUAUCGCGUGUAA